AUGUCAAAUUUGAUUAAUUUUUAUAUUAAUAAAAAUAGUAAUAAAACCGACCAAAAUCAAAAUCAACAAUUUCAGGAUAUUCAAGAAGAAUCAAGUUCUCAUGAUGAUUUAAAUCUUAAUUAUAAUUCACCAUUUCCAUUAGAUUUAAAAACGCCACCUAAAAAUGUAUCAAUUCAUUCAUAUUCUCAAAAAUAUCAAAUUAUAAGUAGUUUAGGUAAAGGUUCAUUCGGUACUGUUGAAUUAGCAAAGUUAAAAUUUAAUAAAUUUGAAUUGUUAAAAAAACAUGAAAGAAAUAAUAAAGGUACCAUGUUAUAUCCUUUACAAGAUUCGAAAAUUAAUUUAUCAAAUUUAGUUGCAAUUAAAACAAUGAAAAAAAAACUACCAUUAUUAAAAGAUUAUUCAAGAGUUAAAGAAUUAAAAUUUAUAUUAGAUAUCCCAUCUCAUCCUUGCUUAGUUCAAAUAUAUGAAGUUUUUGUUGAUGAUAUAAAUUAUCAAUUACAUAUUACAAUGGAAGCAUUAAAUCAAAAUUUAUAUCAAUUAAUUAAAAGUAGAAGAAAUAUUAAAUUUAGUUCAACUACAUUAAAAAGUAUAUUAUCGCAGUUAUUGUGUGCAAUUAAACAUAUUCAUCAAUUUGAUUAUUUUCAUCGUGAUGUUAAACCUGAAAAUAUCUUGGUUAUACCAACAUUACAUUUUUAUGGUUCUAAAAGUUCGAUUCCACCAUAUAGAAAAAAUGAUAAUUUUAUUAUAAAAUUGGGAGAUUAUGGUUUAGCAAGACAUAUAACAAAUAGAAAUCCAUAUACUGCUUAUGUUUCAACUAGAUGGUAUAGAAGUCCUGAAAUAUUAUUAAGACAAAAUUUUUAUUCGAAACCAAUUGAUAUUUGGGCUUUUGGAGUAGUUGCAACUGAAAUUGCGAAUUUUUUACCUUUAUUUCCUGGUUCAAAUGAAUUAGACCAAAUUUGGAAAAUUGUUAAAAUUUUAGGGUCUCCUUUUGUACCUGAAUUAACUCCAUCAUCAAGUUCAAGUUCAAUUGAUAACAAUUAUGUUGUACCUUUAGGUGGUUAUUGGAAUGAUGCAAUUAUUUUGGCGAAUAAAUUGGGUAUUUCACUACCAAUUGAAUUGGGUUUUACAAUAGAUGAUAUUUUACAACCCAUAAAUUCAAACUCUGAUUUGGAAUUAUUAAAAGAUGUUAUUCAAUCUUGUUUAAUGUGGGAUCCAAUGUUAAGACCAGAUGCAAAUGAAAUUAGUAAAAUGAAAUAUUUUAAAGAAACUGUUAAAUUAAUGGAAUCAUAUUUCGAUAAAGAAAUUUCAAUGAAUUUAACAUCUGCAUCGUUAUCAUCAUCAACAGCUCCUAUAAAUACUCCAAUUACACCAUCCUCAACAUCACCUUCAAUUUAUAAUCAUGCAACAUAUAAUAAAUUAGCAGGUAUUCCAAAUUCACCAUCUAGAAAAUUCUUAUCAACUACAAAUCAUAAUCAUCAAAGAAUUAAAUCAAAAAAAGUAAAUCAUCACAAUAUAUCAGUUUAUCAAGAUUUAGAUGAUGGUUAUGAAAAUUAUUUUUCUGAAUAUAUUAUAGCACCAAAAGAUGAUAGUAAUUCAGAUAUUGUUUCAAUUACAACUUCAACAACUGUAAAAGCAAAAGAAGCAACUUGGAUUUCAAAAUUUAAAGGUGUUUUAUCUUCAAAUAAUGAUGAAAUGGAACAGCAACAACAACAACCACGUUCUUUUAAUGAACAAAAGAAGAUUAAAAAUGAUAAAAAGCAUAGAAAGAAUUCAAUUGUAGGUACUAAAAGAUCAUACAGUACACUUUCAUUUGAAAAUAAUGAUUAA